GUUCAAGUAACAGGAAGUGCCCACCUGUCCUGGGGUGUAAAAAGGUGAAAUACAUCAAAAGUCUGGCACUGUGUGAAAGUUUGAGCGACUAUUUCCUGUCAUGUGCCUGUGACAGAUGGCCACAGCUGCCUCGGACCAAAAUACCACAGGAAGAACCAACCCAAACAAGGGGCCGACACCCACAGAUCACCUCUACCUCCACAGCCUUGGACUGCUCUCCCACAGAGCUCCUUAACUCCCACUCCUCAUCCCCCUUCCCUCUUUGGGGAGGUGGUACAGUCCUUAGAGGGGGCUAAUUUAUUUUUGGAUGUAGUGGGGGUCUGGCUAAGGACAGAGGGGGCAAGUUUCUCCUGAAUGUUUGUGAGAAGGCUCCACUCCCUGCAGUUUGUUUAGCUCUGUGUCCCUGGGCCCGUCCCACCCUCAGCCGCUUUCUCCUUUCUGUGUGUGCUCUGUGUUUUGUCUGCCAGUACAAUGACUGUGGGGAGCAUGGAGAGCGCUCAGCUGUUUGAUGCCGGGAGCAAAGGUCGAGGCCUGAGGGCCACCAAGGAGCUCAAUGCUGGAGAUGUGGUCUUUGCAGAGCCCAGCUUCUCUGCAGUGGUCUUCGACAGUUUGGCCAUGCAGGUGUGUCACAGUUGUUUCCGCCGCCAGCCCAAACUUCACCGCUGUGCCCAGUGUAGGUUUGCCUACUAUUGUGAUCGCACCUGCCAGACUGCAUGCUGGGAUGAACAUAAGCAGGAGUGUGCAGCUAUCAAGAAGAUCGGCAAGGCACCAAAUGAACAUGUUCGCCUGGCGGCCCGUGUGAUCUGGCGCAUACACAAAAACACAGGCCUGGCGUCAGACAGUCAGCUGAUCUCAGUGGACAAGCUGGAGGACCACGUUGCUGAUAUGUCUGAGGAAGAUCUAAAACGGCUUAAGGCUGACGUGAACAGCUUCAUGGAAUACUGGUCCUAUGGAAGCAAGCAGCACUCUGCGGACUACAUCUCACAUAUCUUUGGGAUUAUUAAGUGUAACGGCUUCACACUCAGUGACCAGAGAGGCCUGCAGGCUGUUGGUGUGGGUCUUUUCCCAAACCUUUGUCUGGUCAACCACGACUGUUGGCCCAACUGCACCGUCAUCCUCAACCAUGGAAACCAGUCAGCUUUGAGUUCUGCUCUCCACUCCAAGAGGAGGAUUGAGCUGCGAGCUUUGGAAAAAAUAGGUGAAGGUCAAGAGUUGACCGUCAGCUACGUGGAUUUCCUGAACUUGUCUGCUGAUCGCCAGAAGAAGCUGAAGGAGCAUUUCUACUUUGACUGCUCUUGUCAGCACUGCAGCCAGCACAUUAAGGAUGACCUGAUGAUGGCCGCUGCAGACAGCAAGCCCUCUGCUGACAAGGUCAAAGAGGUGACCGCCUUCAGCAAAGAGUGUCUGGAGAAGAUCGAGACGUCCCGCAUUGAGGGGGAUUACCAGGAAGUGGCGAAGCUGUGUCAGGAGGCUCUGGCGAAGCAGGAGAAUGUCCUCGCUGACACUCACCUGUAUAGGCUGCGUGUGCUCAGCGUCUCCAGUGAGGUGCUGUCAUACCUGAGGUCCUUCUCUGAGGCUGCAGAGUGUGCACGCAAGAUGGUGGAGGGAUACAUGAAGCUGUACCAUCCCAACAACGCCCAGCUGGGCAUGGCCAUCAUGAAGGCAGGUGUCACCCAGUGGCAUGCAGGGCAGAUUGAGGCAGGCCACGGCAUGAUCUGCAAGGCGUACAGCAUCCUCAUGGUCACCCAUGGACCCAACCACUCCAUCACCAGAGACUUAGAGACCAUACGCACACAGACUGAGCUGGAGUUGAAGAUGUUCAAGCAGAAUGAGACGGUCUACCAAACCAUGAGGGAAGCAGCUCUGAAGCCUCCUGCUGAAUCAAAGGCCUAAAGGCUCCUCAAACAUCAUCACAGUCACCGCUGGUCAUGCCACAAGUGGAAUCCUCUUCUGAUGUUCUGACAUGUGUCUUAACUCUGACAUAUAUACCCAGUAUAACAUGUCUGCUAAAGCACUGCACCCAGUCUCUGUGCUGAGUUCUUAAGUUAAAUGAAAGUCUGAUGAUGCACUGUUAAAACCAACUAUUGCAAAUGUAACAGGUUGCUUGUACAGUAUCUAUAAUAAAAGUGGAGAUACAAAGUGUGUUUGUUGUAA